AUGACACAACUCGAACUCCCAAAAGCAAAAGAGGGCACCGACGCCCCAUACAAACUCGCGGCCGGUCUCCCAUAUGAGUACCCAUUGCCUGAAGGUGUGGUUGGAUCAGCCGUGGACUUGAACGAGAAAACACCCAAGAUUUUCCAGCCCUUGAUAAUCAGAGGCAUGGUCUUGCCCAACAGGGUGGGCGUGUCGCCUUUGUGCCAAUACACAGGCGUGAACGACAUUCCUACGGACUACCACAAGAUCCACUACGGGGCCUUUGCUUUGAGAGGCCCUGGUUUGGUAAUGGUCGAGGCCACAACCGUUACCCCUCACGCAGGAGUGUCGCCUGUGGAUGUGGGGCUUUACAACGACGAGCAGGAGGCCAAGUUCAAGGAGAUUGUCGACUUUGCCCAUGCCAACACGUCGCGGAUCGGAAUCCAGCUUGCCCACGCAGGACGCAAGGCGUUGGGGGCUCCUCCUUUUGUGAGCUUGGAGGACUGGGAUCCUAGGGGCGACAAGGACAAGGUGGUGGCUCCCUCUGCCGUGCCUUUUAGAGAGGGGGGCCGGUACCCUGUGCCUAGAGCGUUGACCGUGGAAGAGAUCCGUGAGAUCGUCAAGAAGUUCGGCGAGUCUGCCAAGAGAGCCGUUGCCGCCGGGUUUGACUUUGUGGAAAUCCACGGCGCACACGGCUACUUGAUCAACGAGUUCAUGUCUGCGCACUCGAACAAGAGAACCGACCAGUACGGCGGGUCUUUUGAAAACAGAAUCCGUCUUUUGGUGGAGGUCAUUGACUGCGUGAGGGCCAGUGUUCCUGAGGACUACCCCGUGUUUUUGAGAUGGAGUGGCUCUGAGUUGCACGACUCCAACCCAGACGCUUGGACUCUUGAGGACUCGGUGAAGUUGGCGCCCAUUGUCGUGGAGCACGGCGUGGACCUCCUUGACAUUUCGGGAGGAGGAAACGAUGCCAAUGCCGAUAGAUGGCCCAAGCAUUUCGGCAUGUUUAUGAAUGUGUCGGAGGCGGUCAAAAAAGCAGUGGGCGACAAGGCCAUUGUGGCUGCCGUGGGCCGCAUGCACGACCCUGUCAAGGUCAACGAGCUCCUCGAAAAGGGCACCAUUGACUUUGCCUUUGUGGGCUCUCCUUUCAUGGUGAACCAGGGCUUGGUGUUUGACUGGGCCGAGACUUUGGAUGUCCAACUCCACCACGCGCCUUCGCUCUGGCCGGUCAGACCUAAGUAUGCUGAGAUGAUCCAGUAUGUGACGGAGUGA